UAUUAUUCAAUAUGAAUUUCAAACUAAAAUUAUACAAAAAUGCAUUUUUUUCUGUUAUUCAUACUGAGCUAUUAUCUGCUGGAAAAUUUUUGUAUUUAAUUAUUGUAUUUACAAAACUGAAAGUAGGUGCAUAGCAAUGCCCAUAAAAGGCAAUGUUCACCUGUUGUUUCAUAACAUUAUAACCCACGAUAUUAAUGUUUCUUGUUCAAAGUAAAUAGUGUUUGAGUUGUAAGUAAGCAUCAAUAACAAUGGCCAUGCUGUCUUUGCGUAUUCGUUUGGUGGACGAUGGAGUGACGAAGACAAUUCAAUUUGACCCAUCUACUUCUGUAUUAGAAGCUUGUUGUCAAAUCAGUGGAAAAACAUCAUCUGACCAUCUAUCGGAAUAUACUCUAUUUUUGGCUGAUGAAGAUUCUAAAAAAGGUAUAUACCUUGAACCUACACGUAAUUUUGAAUAUUACAUACUAAGAAAUGGAGAUUUGCUUGAAUAUCGCAAGAAAAUACGUCCACUCAAGGUUAGCACUCUUGAUGGAACAUUAAAAACAUUAAUGAUAGAUGAUACUCAACCUGUCGCUAACCUUAUGGCUGUAAUUUGUGCUAAAUUAGGUAUAACUAAUCAUGAUGAGUAUAGUUUAGUACGCGAAGUCCCUGAAGGUGAUGAAAAUAAUCUCAACAUAGGAAAUUCUAUUAAAAGAGACAUUAAAAUGGAGCAUUUGCGCAAAAAAUUAAAGACUGAUGAAGAUACUAAUUGGAUUAAUCCAGGAGCAAGUUUACGAGAACAAGGCAUUGAUGAAAAAGAAGGAGUCUUGUUAAAGCGCAAAUUUUUCUUUUCUGAUGGUAAUAUAGAUACACAUGAUCCAAUUCAAUUAAAUUUGCUAUAUGUAGAAACUAGGGAUGCUAUUUUAAAAGGUACUCAUCCUGUAACGGAAAAUCUUGCCAUUCAAUUAGCUGGUUUACAGACUCAUAUUCAAUUUGGUAAUCAUGAUGAAAUCAAACAUAAAUCUCCAUUAUUGGAUUUGAAAGAAUUUCUGCCACAGUCAUACAUAAAAAUUAAAGGUAUUGAAAAAAAAAUAUUUAACGAACAUAAAAAAUAUAAUGGUUUACCUGAACUUGAAGCUAAAGUUUUGUAUACUAGAACUGUUAGAGCUCUUCCAACAUAUGGAGUUACAUUUUUUUUGGUUAAAGAGGAAAUGAAAGGCAAAAAUAAACUUGUACCAAGAAUUCUUGGAGUUACCAAAGACUCUGUAUUACGCUUGGAUGAAAAAAGUAAAGAAAUACUAAAAAAUUGGCCUUUAACUAGUGUUAGGCGUUGGGGAGCUUCACCUCAUACAUUUACUUUAGAUUUUGGUGAUUACUCUGAUCGUUAUUAUUCUGUAAAAACCACUGAAGCUGAGCAAAUAUUACAGUUAAUAUCUGGUUAUAUUGAUAUAAUUUUGAAAAAAAAAGAAGCAAAGGAUCAUUUUGGAAUUGAUUCAAAUGAAUAUUCCACUGUUAUGGAAGAUACAGUUAGUCCACUAAAAGCAAUUGUGAUAGAAAAUAGUAAUCAAAAAGUAAAAACUGAAUCUGUAGCUAAACCUGCUGUACUUAGAGUUCCACAAGAACCUAUAUCUUAUACGACUGGAUACAUUUCUGAAGAGCAGUAUACUUCUAUUGAAAUUACCUGCACUGAAGCUAUAAUAGGAGUUAUGGAAGAUCUUGAUUCUACUAUGUUAGGAGGUAGCAAUUUAGAGCUAGAAGUAAAUGAACAAAAGUUUUCUGACUAUCGUGAAAAUAUAUUAAAGACUUCUAAAACAUUAGUAGAGAAUACUAAAUCAUUAGUUGCAGGGGUUGGAGUAUCUAAAGAACAGCUGGAUGAAUCUUCUAAAAACACAGUGUCUACAGUAUUGCAACUUGUAGAACUCGUGAAAGCCGGUGCAUCUUCAUUAGAUGAUCGUGAAGUUCAAAUUACAUUGAUAAAAGCUGUAAAAGAUGUUGCUAGUUCUCUCGGAGAACUUAUUAAGGGAUGUUAUGAUACUCCUUCUAUGGACGAACUAAAACAUAAAGCAAAAGUGUUGGUAACUAAUGUUACUUCUUUGUUAAAAACAGUAAAAUCUGUAGAUGAUGAACGCACCAAAAAUACUCAUGUAAUGGAAUCAGCAGUUGAAGCUAUCGAAAGAGAUUUACAAGAGAAUAAAUUUGUAACAAAUAAUGAAACAACUACAGUAGAAAUUAUUCAGUCUGCAAAAUAUAUUGAUGAAGUUACUAAAAGUAUGUUGGACAUUAUUUACAGAGGAAAACCUAAAGAUGUUAUGAAUGCUGUACAAGAAAGUCGCAAAUCAGUUACCGAGUUAUUAACUGCUUGUCAAGGAAAAAAUUUAAAUGAAAAAGUAUUGGAUGCUGGACGCCAUGUUGCUGAAGAGUUUAAAACUUUCUUAACUACUGUUUUGGAAAAUUCAAAAAGGCCUAGUAAUACUACAAAACGAAUCUUAGAAGAUGUAUCUCAACGAUUGUCUUCAAAAGUACAUUAUUUAAUUACAAUUGUAGAACAUAUUGAAACAAUAGAAUAUCAUUUAUUAGACUCAGCAACAUCAAUAGAUACAGCAGUGAAAAAACUUGACAAUAUCCAACCUAGGCCUUAUGAAUUUAAAGUUGAUGAGACUUGUUGGAAAUCUGAUGAAGUUAUUUUAGAAGCGGUAAAGUCAAUUGCAGCUGCUACAUGUGCAUUAGUUAAGACAGCUUCACUUGCACAGCAUGAAAUUGGAGUUGAUGAAGGGGUAGAUGGUUUAGUGUAUGCAGCUAGAAUGGUAGCUACAGCAACUCAUAGUUUAGUAGAAUGUGCCCAUGAAAUUAUUGAAGGUUUAUCAAGCGAAGACAAACUUAUAUCAGCUGCCAAUCAAGUAGCUUCUUGCACAACACAACUUUUAGUUGCAUGUAAAGUCAAAGCAGAUCCAAAUAGUGAUGCUACAAAACGUCUUUUGGCUUCAGGUAAUGUUGUGAAACGUGCUACUGAAAAUGUAGUCCGUGCUGCUCGUCAAGCCAUGAAAACAGAUGAAAUGAAAAAUCUUAUAUUAAAUGAGAAAAUGGUUGGUGGUAUGGCACAAGAAAUAGAUGCUAGGUCGGAUGUAUUAAGAAUUGAAAGAGAAUUGGAAGAAGCUAGAAAAAGAUUAGUGGUCAUCAGACAAGCCAAAAAUAAGAGUGUUAAUAGUUUUUAAUUUAAUAUUAUAAAAUGUUCAAAAUAACCCUACAAAAUAUUAUCUAAUUUAUAAACUUGCCUUAUAAUAGUAAGUUUUCAAAAUAAUGCAUUCCCUAUGUUUAAUUUUAAAAUAUUUCUCGAUGGUUACACAACACAUAACUGUUCUUAACUGUAAUUCAUAUGUAGUAAAAAUAAAAUAUUACGUGUAUUUGAACCUGUAUAAAUUAAACAUUAAUUAGUUAUUGCAAUUUAUCGUAAUGCAUACUUUCUAAUUAUAUAUAUUUUACUAGAAAU